AUGGUAAAACAGUCUCCGUCCGAGAAAAAGGAACUUCUAUCUGUCCUGAGUGAUUUAUUCAAAUUAUUCGCCGUUCGUUUUCCGCGAAGUUUAGACGAUCUUAAAGCACUAUCCGUUAUACUUCAACAUUAUCGUGAUGUUAAUCUUGGAUAUGUUUUAUUAUUAUUCUGUUCCGCUUAUAUUUAUAAACAAACAUUUGCCAUUCCCGGAAGUAUUUUGAUGAAUCUGCUUGGUGGUGCACUUUUUGGCGUCACAUUUGGUUUUCCACUUUGUUGUCUCUUAACAGCAAUUGGCGCUAGUGUAUGUUAUACAUUGAUCUAUUGUUUUGCACGUGAUUUUGUGAUGCGAUGUUGUCAUAAAAAAAUUAUUUUGUUUCAAACAAAAGUUGAAACUGCUCGUCAUAAUUUAUUUUUUAUGCUUCUAUUUAUGCGUAUGGUACCGAUGUCACCCAAUUGGCUCAUAAACAUAGCAUGUUUAAUGCCAUAUAAUUUUAUUUCAAUUCAAAUGGGUUCAUUUCUUUCACAAUUGAACAGUCUCGAUGAUUUUUUUACAUGGAAAACAUUUGUUAGUUUAGGAUUGAUUGCAUCCGUUGUUGACGAUCUUAAAGCACUAUCCGUUAUACUUCAACAUUAUCGUGAUGUUAAUCUUGGAUAUGUUUUAUUAUUAUUCUGUUCCGCUUAUAUUUAUAAACAAACAUUUGCCAUUCCCGGAAGUAUUUUGAUGAAUCUGCUUGGUGGUGCACUUUUUGGCGUCACAUUUGGUUUUCCACUUUGUUGUCUCUUAACAGCAAUUGGCGCUAGUGUAUGUUAUACAUUGAUCUAUUGUUUUGCACGUGAUUUUGUGAUGCGAUGUUGUCAUAAAAAAAUUAUUUUGUUUCAAACAAAAGUUGAAACUGCUCGUCAUAAUUUAUUUUUUAUGCUUCUAUUUAUGCGUAUGGUACCGAUGUCACCCAAUUGGCUCAUAAACAUAGCAUGUUUAAUGCCAUAUAAUUUUAUUUCAAUUCAAAUGGGUUCAUUUCUUUCACAAUUGAACAGUCUCGAUGAUUUUUUUACAUGGAAAACAUUUGUUAGUUUAGGAUUGAUUGCAUCCGUUGUUGGUAUAACAGGACUGAUUGUUGCCCGAGUGAGAAGAAAAAUACCACAAGCAAUUGUCGAAUAA